AUGGCAGGUGGUCACAUGAAAUUCCGGACCCUCAGCCGCAACUCAUCCCACCGACAGGCCCUCCUUCGCAACCUUGUCACCUCCCUCGUCAAGCAAGAGUCGAUACAAACAACAUGGCCCAAGGCCAAGGAGGCGCAGCGCCUAGCCGACAAGCUCAUCACCCUGGCAAAGAGGAACAACGAGACGUCAAGGCGGGAGGCACAGAGUAUCCUAUACACACCAGACGCCCUCCUGCCCAAGCUCUUCGGCGAGCUCCGAGAGCGCUACCUCAUGCGGCCCGGCGGCUACACGCGAGUCCUGCGCACCGAACCCAAGGACAGGAAAGACCAGGCUCCAAGUGCGAUCCUCGAGCUGGUGGACGGGCAGCGUGAUAUGCGCUUCGCCAUGACUGCGGCGGCGGUGGCGCGCGACGAGGUGCUGGGACGGGACAGCUCCCACAUCACCAAGAUGAACAUCAAGAAGCUCACGGCCUUCCGCAAGGACGGCGAGGCCGAGUUCCGCGCCCUCGUGGAGGAGAUCAAGGAGCGCGAGGGCAAGACCAUGCGGAACCGCGCCGAGAAUGAAAAGGCCAUCCAGGACAGCCUGUACAAGUUCCACAUAAACACCCCGAAGGUGCGGCGGCCACGGCCUGCCAACGGUCAGAGCGCGGCCGACGAACUGGACUGA